GGCACUUCUCCAUCUCAAAUCGCCACCUGCAGAUUUCCAGUUUUUCUGCAAUAAUUUCCAUUCAACUCCAAGAAUCUCCAUUGAGGAAGUGAUUCCUGGACCAAGUGUGAUGUGUACUUUGUGAAGUGUGAGAGAUUGGAGAGAGUGUAGUGAAUUUGAGUCUAGGAGAAAAAUGGGAACAGGUGACCGUCUACUGGACAUUCCGUGCAAAGUCUGUGGGGACAGGAGCAGUGGGAAGCAUUACGGCAUCUACAGUUGCGAUGGCUGUUCCGGCUUCUUCAAACGCAGCAUCCACAGGAAUCGGAUUUACACCUGCAAAGCCACAGGUGAGAUGAAGGGGCGCUGCCCGGUAGACAAGACGCAUCGGAACCAGUGCCGCGCCUGUCGACUGGCCAAGUGUUUCCAGUCAUCGAUGAACAAGGACGCUGUACAGCACGAGCGCGGCCCCAGGAAGCCGAAACUGCAGCCAACAUCGCAGCACCACCACAUCCAACAGCACAUUCCGAUGUCGCUCGUGGCAAAUGUGUCGGCGUCAUUCAAUUACUCGUCACAUCUGACCAACUCCCAGCCCAGCUUCGCCCAGGCCGGUGUGAUGCAUCCAACUACGAAGCCGCCUCUGCCCUUCCCGCCCAUCGCCCACCACACCAUCCAGCACGCCCUGCUGCAGCAGCCGCCAAAGUUGGAUCCCACCAAGAUGUGCCCUGGUUACGAUCUGCACAGCCGCGAUCUAUUUGGGCACAUCAACCACCUCUCGCCGUCGCCCACGCACACGAUCAAGAGCUCACCCAGCAUCGAUCCAUCGUCAUCCGAGGGCCUGGGAAGUCCACAGCCGGCCGCUGAGAGCGCGGCGAAUCGGCAGAAUGGCCUCCUCGACAUCCUGAUGAACUCAGACAAAUGCCAGGAGUUUAUCCAAUAUCAAGUGCACAACACCAUCAUGUUUCCACCACCACCACCGCCGCCGCUGUCCGCCGGCAGCGCAAGCUCAUGCGGAGCCCCCAUGGACAUACGUCUGCCCUCGUGGGAGAUCCUCCAGGAGACCACGGCGCGUCUUCUAUUCAUGGCAGUGCGAUGGGUGCGCUGCCUCGUGCCAUUUCAGACGCUCUCCAAGGGGGAUCAGCAACUCCUGCUCCAGGAGUCGUGGAAGGAGCUCUUCCUCCUCAAUCUGGCCCAAUGGGGCGUGCCCUUUGAUUUGGGCGUCUUGCUGGACAGUCCACAUGUGAGGGAUCGCGUGCCUCAGGACGCCACUACGCUUACAGAGAUGAAGACGAUGCAGGAGAUUCUCUGCCGUUUCCGCCAGAUCUCGCCGGAUCCCAGCGAAGUGGGAUGCAUGAAGGCGGUAAUUCUCUUCUCACCAGGAUGGGGUCUCUUUGCAGAAACUCCCCGCUUAUACGACAUUCAGCCCGUAGAGAUGUUGCAGGAUCAAGCGCAGUGCAUUCUGUCGGAUCACGUGCGCCUCCGCUAUCCACGCCAGCCCACGCGAUUCGGCCGGCUUCUACUGCUGCUGCCCUCGUUGAGGGCCAUCCGAGCGUCCACCAUUGAGGCCCUCUUCUUCAAGGACACCAUCGGUGCUGUGCCCAUCGCCAGGCUGCUCACGGACAUGUACCAGAUGGAAAAGUACGCCGAUAUUGAAAAGUAAGUUGGAAAAGUUUCUUCUCUCGCUUCGUUCCUUUUCCCUGUACAUACAUAAGUUCCUCCUAAUCCCAUUGCCAAAGAGCGAAAAGUUGUAGACUUUAUGAAAUAUAGGAGUCAAAUAAAUUAA